ACAAAGAGAAUAUCAUUCAAAAAAUUUAUAUUAUCGAUUAAUUAAAUAACUUUUCUGAUGGACAAUAAUCCACCAAAUGAUCCGAUUUGGAGAACGGAUCGUAAGAACAAAAUAGAGAACGAGAAUUCGAGAAUCGGGUAUGUAUUUUUAGCUUGAUUUAGCUUGAGUUUUACCCUCUCGGGUCCCCUCUAUUUAUACAUGGGCUCUAGAUAAUUAAGGUCAGUUCCUUUUCUCGCCGCCAUGAUUGUUUCAGAUUCCGAUUCGGCUACCCCAUCGUCCAAUUCUCGCCAAGCCGAUCAAUCGGCCUCUGGUCGUAACCCCGGCCACACUCAAUCGUCCCAGCCGUCGCCGUCGGCCGUGCCUGGCCAAAAACAGCGUCGAUUGAGGAAGCAAUUCCCUUCCUCAACCCCGGUAGAUGAGGGCUCGAGGGUUGGAUUGGACGAAAACAUCAUGGCGCUGUGCCAUUGCCAGAUUACUGACCGGGGUUUCGUCGGUGCUACUGACAUGGUUGGACCUUCCAUUGAGGUCCUGAGACCUACCAGCACCCAAAUCGCCCUAGACGCUCCAUCAGGGUUCUUCACGGUCCAUCUAGCGUCUUUAAAGAAGGGGCUGCGCUUCCUGCUCCACCCAUUGUUGAUCGAAUUUCUCAACGUGGUGGACCUUCUUCCGUGCCAACUGGUCCCCAACUCUCACCGGUACAUCGCUGAUUACCUGGUUUGGUGCAAGGAUGUAGGGGUGAAGCCAACCUUGGACCAUUUCUUAUUCACUUUCAAGCUGACCAAGGGCCAUAAGGAUUGGGCGUCCUAUGCCAGCCUUUCCCAGAGGUUCUGGGCACCCUUCUUUCCGUCGCGUCCCAUGCCCCCGUCUGAUGCCACCCUUUUGUCCAUCACUCGCCAACUCUGCAACAAGGGAGUCAUGAACAUCAAAGAGGUGGUGACAGAGGAAACCCUUGCCGGGUUGGGGUUUGAGUUCGUCCAGGAUGAGCUUUGUCACCAACCCGACCUGCUAAGGGACAUUCCCGGGGGGUACCAGCCUGGCCAGCUGAGGGACAUUCUUGAGGAAGGUCUUGACUGUGGUCCUUUUGUUGAAUUACAGGAUUCAGGAGAAGAGAUGGACGGCGAUCUCCUGCUCAGUCGCUUUACAGCAGGGAGGAAGAGGAAAAGAGAGGCGAAGAGCCAAGGCAAGCGCUCUUCCUCCCACCGAGAGGAGAGUCCUCCUCGAGAGCCGGCUGUGAUUGUGGUGGAGGACCAAGAUGAUGCUACUCUGGAAACGGGUACGAUGGCGGGCCAGUCCCCUCCGCACUCUGUGAUACCGGGUGGCGACCUAGCUGGGUCGUCCCAGGGUGUCGCUUCGGAGCGACCUCCUUCGUCGCCCGCAGUGACCUACGAGGUGGCUACCGGGGGUCGCUCGACGAGGCUCUGCAUCCCUCCUCCGCCCCAAAGCCUAGAGGACGUGCAGCUGGAGACCCUGAUCACUCUGCCCGCUGAGGACCAAGCCCGCAUCUCAGCCGGUUCUGAGGACGACCUUGACAACAUGGUCCUCCUGAGGCUUAGUCAGGCCACGCUGGGAAUGAAUGAAGUGGUCGGCCGGAAACGGGGCCGCCAAGCUGCCUUGGAUGAAGCGAUGAAGGCAGCGGAGGCCAAGCAGAAGGAGUUGCAAGAAGAGGUCGCCUGCCUUACAAGGGAGUUGGAGGAGAAGGAGAGUCGCUGUGCCGCUCUCGAGGUGGAGAAACCCUCCCAAGAGGACCGUUGCGUCGCCCUCGAGGCAGACAAGGCCUCAUUGUCCUCGGAGGUGGAAUCUGUCUCUGUUCGUGUGGUCGAGCUGGAAGGAGAGAAAUCUGACCUGAUCCAGCAGCUGGAGAUGGGGAGGAGCGACCGAACCCGCCAUGCCGAGGAGGUGAUUGAAUCCUUCAAGUCCUCCCCUGACUUCACGUCGGUCGCUCUGGAACGGAUGGACAAGCUGACAGCCGAAUGGCUCAAGACUGAACCUGGGGCUCAAUGGAUGGUUAAUGAGGGAACCAAGUCCUUCAAUUGCGGACUCUUUCGCGCCCAACAAGUCUUUUGUGACAGGUUAGCCCAGCUCCCCAAAGGAUUCUCUCUACCUGAUCUCGGCUUUCCUCCUCCCUGUCGCUCCUUGGCCGAGUUCGACCCCAGUCCUUACUUGGACGGAGGGAGCUCGAGCACUUCUGAAGAAGAAGAAGAAGAAGAAGAGGAAGGCGACCAGAAUCCGGGGGCCAGCUUAGCCACCUCCAAGGCGGGUGGAAACCCCAGCUCAAGCGUCUAACCUCCCCUGUUGUUAUCCCCCAGUUUUGUAAACACUUGUGAUUUUUUUGGGAUGAUUUUUUGUUUUGAUACAGUGCUCCUAUGUUAUUUUGGCUUGCUUCCCUUUUCCUGCGUUUUACUUCAGUACUCUUUUCGUUAGUUUAGCUGGCU